AUGGGGGAGAUUAAGCUCAUUAAGCCAUGCACCUCAGGCACCCUGUGCCGCGACUACAUCGUCGAUGAAACCUACGACCACGUCUUUAGGUCUUCUGUGUAUCGUUACUACGGCACCUUCACGCGCACGUUUCUCACCAUGUUUGAGAUCUUGUUCGCAAAUUGGAGUCCACCUGCGCGAGUGCUCGUGGAGAACUUCAGCGAGUGGUUCUCGAUUUUCUUUCUCAUCUACAGGUGCGUCCUGGGGUUCGCCGUGCUGAAUGUCGUGAAUGCGGUUUUCGUGCAGCAGACGAUGAAGACGGCCAGCUCAGAUGAAGAUCUUGCAUUCAAGCAGAAGGAGAAAGAUGUGGCCAUGUACACUCGCAAAGUGAAGAAGCUCUUCCAGACGAUUGAUGUAUCGGGAGACGGCACUAUCAACAUCGAAGAGUUCGCCAAGCUGGUUCAAUCACCAAAGAUGAAGUUCUGGAUGAGUCAAUUGGAGCUGGAGUACCACGACUUGCUCAGCCUCUUCGAAUUCUUAGACAACGGGGAUGGAGAGAUUACUCUCAUGGAGUUUAUUGAAGGAGCGUCACGCCUGCGUGGCGGCGCAAAAGCCUUGGAUGUGUGGCGAUUGGAGACAAAGCUGGAGGUGCUGUUCGAGGAGGUUCUGGGUUCGAUCCGGGUGGGCUCGCCAAGCUUCACGCUGAACGUGAACGGCGGUGGCGAAGAGCAGCAGGUCGUGCCCACGGUCUCCAACAACGUGCAACAGGCCUUCGAGAAGUCGAAGUUUCGGCAUAUCAGGAGUACAGCAGACCGCCGCCUGAACAGCGAGAAGUCCAUGACAGUGGAGUAA